UGGAAACCCAAAACCACCAAUUCAUGAGCCAAAAAAUACACAAAUACACAAAUAAUGGGUAGUAGUGCUCUGAAAGUUGCUGUCAUCCUAGCAAUUUCAUCACAAAUAGGUUUUUUCACACCUGUUCUGGCCAAAUACAAAGUAGUGAUAAUCAAUAUUUUAGGGGAGAACAAAACGCUGAAUCUUCAUUGCCAAUCAAAAGAUGAUGACCUUGGUGUUCAUUAUGUGCCAUAUGCUGAAUCUUUCGAAUGGAGAUUCAACGUGAAUAUAUGGAGGACCACCCUUUUCUACUGUGAUAUGGGUUGGGGUGAUUUGAAAGGUCAUUUUGACGUAUUUGAUGCUAAAAGAGAUAUGAAAAGGUGUAAUUAUGAGAAGUGUAUUUGGCUUGUGACUCGUGAUGGAUUGGAUCUUUAUAUCAAAGCUGCAGGUAAUUAUGUUCACCAGUUUGAUUGGCCUAAGUGAACACAACUUUAUAUUAUGUAUCCAUAUAUAUAAUAUAUGAAAUAAAAAGAAAGAGGGUCAUUUGUUUUCAUGGAAAGAAUUUUUUUUCUGAUUUUUCUCUGCCUUUGUCCAUUUAAUUUUCAGCAGCAAAUUGAUAAACUG